AUGGACUACUACUGCUUACGCCACCAACUGGGAAUAGAAAAUAAUGAUAAAAGCAUAUACAAUAAGGAAGAGAGAAAAGAUGGGUCUUUUGGUUUUAACUUUUUUACCUCUGAGUUGAACCAGACAAGUUUGUUUGAUCUGUUGGGUGAGAAGAGAAGGAAAAGGGUAUUAGAAAUUGCAGGGUUUUGUAUCGAUUUGGCGAGAAAGGAAGAGGAACCGAACCCCACUUAUGUUCUUCACAUGAGAAGAAGCCCGAGCCCUCCCACAUCGGCGGCAUCGACUCUCUCUUCGUCUUUCGGUGGUGGGGGAGGCGGCGACACAGACAACAACACGGGAGGUGUGGCGACCACGCUCCCGCCUGAGCCACCGCUUGCGCCCACUGCUACUGCUGCUUCGCGCAAAGACGAGUGGGCAUCAGAGCUUCAGCCAAUUGCAGCUGGACUAGAAGCUGUGACUGGGGUUGGGGGUUCAGUAUUAAGCGAAAGAUGUGGGCUUGUUGUUGGGUUGGAGGAUUGGGAGAACAUGUUGUCCGAAACGGCGGCGUCGUCUCCGGGCCAAGACCACUCGCUUCUCAGGUGGAUCGCGGGGGACAUGGAGGACCCUUCUUCUUUCGGCCUCAAGCAGCUGUUGCAGGGUGGGAACAAUCUUCUCGAGUUUGAUGGCAAUGCCGGUGGCUUGGGAAUCGUCGAUCAAGGUCCCGGCUUUGAUCACAUCGGCGGUGUUAGUGGCAGUCUUAUGGCUGGGAUUAAUCCAAGUUUAGCCUUUUCUGGGUCUGGGUUUAUGAACAACGACGGCAACAAUGGUGGUGGUGGGAAGAUUGGUUCAAUUGGGCUGACCAGUUCUUCUGGAGUUGUUACAAACUGCAAUAUGCAAAACCCCAUUUACUCAAAUUCUGGCAACGGUCUUCCUCUUCCAGUUUCUUUGCCUCAUGGAAUGAUUUAUCAGCCACCGCAGCAUCAGCACUACGAUGGCUCAGAUGAGAAGCCGCAGAUUCUGAAUCCACAGUCGUUAAUGAACCAACAGCAGCAGGCCACUACUCAGUUCUACUCUCAAAAUCCAAACUUUUUUCUGCCACUAGAACAGCACCAGCUUCAUCAUCCCCAACCCAAGCGCCACAACUCGGGCGGUGUAGACCCAACAUCUCAGAUCCCAAAAGUCUCUCCUUUUUGCGACCCAGGCCACGAGCAUCUGCUCAGGAAGCAUCAGCAUCAGCAGCAACAACAACAAUAUCAUCUGGGUUUUCCUCAGGGUAUGCAGUUUCUUCCUCAGCAGAAGCCAUUGAUGCAGAAGGUCAUGGUUGGGUCCGGUGAUGAAAUGACCGCACACAACCACAACAACCACCAUCAGCAGCAACAGCAACAGCAACAUCAACAGCUUCAACAACAUCAACAUGCUUUGCUCGACCAGCUCUACAAGGCCGCCGAGUUGAUAGGGUCUGGGAAUUUCUCACACGCGCAAGGGAUAUUGGCGCGGCUCAAUCACCAGCUCUCCCCCGUAGGAAAGCCCCUCCACAGGGCUGCUUUCUACUUCAAGGAGGCUCUGAAUUUGCUCAUCUUGAACAACAACAACAACUCACUCAAUAAUACCAUUCCUUCUAGGUGCCCAUCACCCUUUGAUGUCAUCUUCAAGAUGGGAGCAUACAAGGUUUUCUCCGAAGUCUCCCCUCUUAUACAGUUCGUCAACUUCACUUCCAACCAAGCACUCCUCGAAGCCCUCGACAACGCUGAUCGGAUUCACAUUGUUGAUUUCGAUAUAGGUUUUGGUGCUCAGUGGGCUUCUUUUAUGCAUGAGCUUCCGGUGAGGAACAGAGGCCCUCCCUCGUUGAAAAUUACUGCCUUUGCCUCACCGUCCACACACCACCCCGUUGAGCUCGCACUCAUGCGUGACAAUCUAGCUCAAUUCGCCAACGAGAUUGGUGUGGCUUUCGAGCUGGAAGUUGUCAACUUUGAUUCUCUCGAACAAACGUCUUACUCAAUGCCAUUCUUUCGAGCCGAGGGCGAGGUUGUUGCAGUGAACUUCCCCAUUUGGUCUGCCUCAAACCAACCAGCAGCAUUGCCUAAUCUCCUCCGCUUUGUUAAGCAACUCUCGCCCAAGAUUGUGGUGUCAUUGGACCGAGGCUGCGACAGGAGCGACCUUCCAUUCCCCCAACACAUCCUGCAGGCCCUCCAUUCCUACAUAAACCUCCUGGAGUCAUUGGACGCGGUUAAUGUGGCCUCAGACGCAGUUAACAAGAUUGAGAAGUUCUUGCUGCAGCCGAAAAUUGAGAGCGCUGUUCUGGGGCGUCUACGAGCUCCCGACAAGAUGCCCCUUUGGAAGACACUGUUUGCCUCGGCUGGCUACACGCCUGUGACUUUUAGUAACUUCACCGAGACGCAGGCCGAAUGUGUGGCGAAAAGAACACCUGUUAGGGGAUUUCAUGUCGAGAAGCGCCAAGCUUCGCUUUCGCUGUGCUGGCAGCGUAGGGAGCUGAUCUCGGUUUCGGCUUGGAGGUGCUGAAGAAGAUUAUUACCAAUUGGACAAAGUUGCAGGGAUAUUGGAUUUUAGCAACUGCCAAUUUUUCCCCCCAGAGAGGUUGCAAACUUAUUCUACUCUGAUAUUAAGUCAAAAUAAAUUGUUUUAAACUCUGUUCUUGGCACCUUUGUUAUGGCAUCUUCAAUCUUUGUGAAUUGUCAUGAUUAUUGUUCUUCAACUAUGCUCUGUCAUUAUCAAUCAAUCUAUCUAUGUAUGUUUUUCUUGUCUAGAUAAGCUAGAAUUUUCCGUGAAACAAAACACAUCAAACGGGAAAAGUCAAUAGAGUCUUAUUGCAUAUUAUUGACAUUUUCAUAUGUUGAUAUUCUUAUGGUGAGAAGAAGAUGCAUUGUGCUUUUGGUUAUAA